AUGCACAAGAUCUCCAAUUUUACGGGUCAGGCCCGUCAUGGCUGGGAGCGAAUGACACCCACUUUCGGCAUGUCUCGACCGCACACCGAUAUGAGCUCCCACUCCCUUCGUCGACCGCACGGCGCACCUCCGAUGACUCCGCCCACCGGCAUUGACCCUACCGUCAACCUCUCCUUCAAUGUUCCAUUUUCCUCCACCUUGGCCGGUCCCGAUGCCGACGAUGUCCUGCACGCGAGCCCUGGUGCUCUUCAGCGCUGGUCCUUCCCCGAGGGCACCCCGGACGGAACCCCCGUCCACCAGCUUCCCGUCCAUGCCAGCAAUGUCGAGGCCCUGCGGAGGUUAUGUCGCCAGAUCACCGAGAGCAGUAACGGUCGAGUAGAGGCUGUUGUCACGUCGUCCGAGCCCAAAACGGUCCCCUCACUACAACGACGACCCCAAGGAUUGGCGACGAAUGUCUGUAUCACCGGCGAUGGAGAGACUGUGCGCAAGAUGCGGGCAAGGGUCCUGAACGAGACUCCAAUUUUGUUGCGUUGUGCGACCGUGGAUGUUGACGUCCAUCUUAUUAUUGACGGAUCGACCAAGAACAUCCGUUCCAGUGUUCUGGAGCAUCUCGACACCCUGGCUGCAUACACUGGCACCGAUAUUUUCCUCCUCAACCCCAAGAUUCGCGACAAUGAUAGUGCUGUGAUCUCCUCUUAUGGCUACGCGUCGGAUAAUGGGCUGGACCAGCGGUUCCGGGUGUCCAUCUACGGUGACAUGGAGAGCGCGGAGCAUGCCAAGACUCGCGUGUUGAUCAUGAUUGAUCAAAUUCUCAAACGUCAUGUGGAUGCCAUGAAGCUGGAGCUCACCAUGCACACUUUGGUUUGCGGUCGGACUCGCAAGAACAUCAAGUUGAUCGAGGCGGCAACCGGAACGGCCAUCUACUUCCCCCCGCCAUUCCCGCGCAUUUUUGGAUACACGCCCCCCGGUGCCCACCGUCGCAGUGAGGACGAGGUUUACAUCACGGGUGACACUCAAGAGCAGAUUGCUCGCGCCAAGCAGAAGUUGCGGGAGCUGGUAAUGGGGGUCAAGAUCUAUGUGAAGGAUGUCAUCGUCAACUCGAACAAAAUCGACAACAUCUUGCUUGAUCGCCUCGACAAAGUCCGGAAGGUGAUGGAGAUGAACGGAUCUUACGUCCACUUUCCCCAGCUGGGAAUCCAGCGGGGUGUGGUUCGCAUUCAGGGCACAGAGGUUUUGCACGUCGAGCGCACAGUUCGCGAGAUCAUGGCUUUGGCCGGCCAGUUUUACAGCGCCUCGUGGUGGAUUAUCAUGCCCGACCCGUCCCAAGGUGGAUUACGCGCCCCACCCGCCGCCGACGUUCGUACAAUGCUGUCCGACAUCUGCAGCAAUUCGGGUGCCGAGGUCAGCUUUGACAACUUGACAUUCACCAUCAAUGGAUCAGAUGAUGCUGUCAAGGCAGCGAUGAUGGUGAUCAACCAAAUCCCAUUUGUCCAGCGGAGCCAGUACCAGAUGCGCGUCAAGAUCGAACUUGCGAAUGAGCACAAGGAGUUUGUUAGUGGCAAGAAGAAUGGCAAGAUCAACAAGAUCAUGGGACAGAGCAAUGUGCAAAUCAUUUUCGAUGGUUUCAACGAGUACAACUUCUACAUCGACGUGUGCGGCAACCAGUACGAAUCCACCAAGAACGGCCUAGAUCUUGUUGAGCAGGAGAUGCCCGCUUCGAUCUCCUUCCAUGUGCCCGAUCAAUAUCACAAGCGGAUCAUCGGAAUCGGUGGUCAGCAUAUCCAGCGCAUUAUGAAGAAAUACUCGGUUUUCGUCAAAUUCUCGAACGCCAUGGACCGCGGCGGAAUGGGCAAAGAGGACGAUGAUAUCAAGGUUGAUAACGUCAUCUGCCGGACUCCUGCACGCAAUGCCCAGAGUCUCGACUUGGUGAAGCAGGAGAUCAUGGACAUGGUCGAGAAAGUCGAUGCCGAGUAUGUCUCGGAACGAGUGGUCAUCAACAGGCUGUAUCACCGUGAAUUGCUCGCCCGCAUCUCUGAGAUCGACGAGCUUGAGAAGAAGUGGAACUGCAAGAUUGAGUUCCCUAGCACCGAGCUUGCUAGUGACGUCGUGAACAUCUCUGGACCGGAAUACCAGGUUCCGCAGGCGGUUGACGCCUUAUUGGGAAUGGUCCCUGAGAGUCACGAACUCCUCUUCCAAAGCUCCGCAGAAUUGCGCGAUUUCUUCAAGUCCCCUGACUUCCGUGAAGAUGUCUGCGCAAAGUUGAAGGAACAAUACGAAGUUGAUACCACCGUGGAUACAACUUCGGACCUUCCGACAUCUGACAGUGCCUCGGGGUCCUCUUCUCCCACUUUCGGGCCUGAAGAUCGCGUGGUGCUCGGAUACACUCGCAAUAAUGCCGGCGGACUGAAGGAUGCGAUCGAUUUCUUGAUCUCGCGCCUUGUGGCUCACGGACUCGACGCGACGACAGUCAAGGGCGCCAUCCCGCGACCGAAGUCUGACUCGUUCGAAGAGUCCCUGCCUUUCUUCGACUCCAAAUUGUUGCAGCAUGCUCCUGCUCCCCUCGUCACCGACUCUCCUACCCGACCCAACUUCUCCGAUGAAACCAGCGAGCGCGGGUCCAUUUUUGAGCGACUGCGCAAGCCUGGUAGUAUCUCUUCCUUCUCCUCGUUCAUUGGACGCAAGAACCACUCGGCUUCGCCAGGGUCUUUCUUCAAGCAUGCGUCCAGCAAUGCGUCGAAGGCAUCCUUGGUUUCGAUGGAGUCCCGCGACAGUGGCUAUCGCAACCCAUGGAACGAUUCUGGCGUGAACCUCGCCGAGGACGACCUGCCGGUUCUCGGAAGCUCUCACAGCCACAGCAGCAGCAAUGGCUGGCCCGCGCGCUUUGACACGAAAUUUCCAUUCGGUACCGCGCCAGGGGACAUGACACCCAAGCAUGACCCGCGCGCCUCUUUUGACAGUGGUCGUCCUAGUACUUCCAAUUCUACUUCUGGAUACCCGGCCCCAAUCGGGCCACCGCGUUAA